AUGAAGACCCUGCUCCUGACCAUCCUGUUGCUUGGGCUGGUGGCUGUCCUACAGGCCCAGGAUGCCCCGUCAGAUUACCAGGAGGAUGUCUCAGGGACCUGGUACCCCAAGGCCUUUGUGGACAACAGCACCAUGUCCAACAAGAGGCCAAAGAGGGUGUUUCCUGUGACAGUGACAGCCCUAGAAGGAGGAGACCUGGAGGCCAAGAUCAUAUUCUGGAGGAAGGGGCAGUGUCAUGAGUUCAAAGUUCUGAUGAAAACAACCGAUGAGCCUGGCAAAUAUACCGCCUCUAAAGGCAAGAAGACUGUCUAUGUCCAGGAGCUGCCAGUAAGGAACCACUACAUCUUCUACUGCGAAGGCCAGAGCCACGGGGGGUCAUUCGGCAUGGGAAAACUCAUGGGGAGGGACCCUGAGGACAACCCAGAGGCCAUGGAAGAAUUUAAGAAAUUUGUACAGCUCAAGGGACUCCGGCAGGAAAACAUUUUCAUGCCUGAGCUGAGGGCUGAGAGUCUGGAAAUGAAGACCCUGCUCCUGACUGACCUGCUGCUUGGGCUGGUGACUGUUCUACAGGCCCUGGAUGCCACGUCAGAGAACCCAAAGGUAAUUGAAGGAUGGAAGAAGGAUCAGUGUAAUAACCAGAAAGUUGUGAUGAAGAAAACCAGCGAGCCUGGCAAAUACAUUGCCUCUCGGCUCUUAGUCUAUGAGGAACAGGUGCUGAGCAGGGACACAAGGCACAUUCGGGGCUCAGGCCUGCGGCCAAGCUCAGUGCUCACAGACUCCUCAGCCAACCCUGUUAAUGGCAAGAAGUCCAUCUUCAUCCAGGAACUGCCCGUGAAGGACCACUUCUACUGUGAAGGCCAGCGCCGUGGAAAUUUGUACCACAAUGGAAAGCUCAUGGGUGACGGACCAUGA